CUGCUCCUUGCCCCUCCUUCUCAUUGUCCCCAUCGGUCCCUUUUCCCUUUCGUCCUAAAAGCUUUGAGAACCGCUGGCUUCUCCUGGUAUCCCGCGUCUCUCCACCUUCGGUGGGUCAGGAUGGAGGGCUGCCUGGGGGAGGAAUCUUUUCAGAUGUGGGGGCUCAACCGGCGCCUGGAGGCCUACCUGGCCCGGGUCAAGGCGCUGGAGGAGCAUUAUGAGCUGCUCAGCGCGGAGCUCGUCGGUCUCCGGGCACAGUCCGGGGACGCCUCCUGGCGGGCCCGUGCCGACGACGAGCUGGCCGCCCUGCGUGCUCUCGUCGACCAGCGCUGGCGGGAGAAGCACGCGGCCGAGGUGGCGCGCGACAACCUGGAGGAAGAGGUGCAGAGCGUGGCGGGCCGGUGCCAGCAGCAGCGGCUGGCGCGCGAGCGGACGGCGGAGGAGGUGGCCCGCAGCCGGCGCGCGGUCGAGGCGGAGAAGUGCGCCCAGGCCUGGCUGAGCCGCCGGGCGACGGAGCUGGAGCGCGAGCUAGAGGAGCUGCGCGCCGCGCACGAGCAGGAGCGCGUCGACCUGGCCGCGCCCGCCGCCGGGGCCCCCAGCUUGCCGGUGCCGCCCCGCGGGUCGCCCGCGCCGGGGCCCGACGUGGAGGAGCUGGCGCUGCGGCUGGGCGAGGCGUGGCGCGGGGCAGUGCGCGGCUACCAGGAGCGCGUCGCGCGCAUGGAAACCGCGCUGGGCCAGGCCCGCCAGCGGCUGGGCCGCGUGGUGCAGGGCGCCCGCGAGGGGCGCCUGGAGCUGCAGCAGCUGCAGGCCGAGCGCGGCGGCCUCCAGGAGCGCAGGGCAGCCCUGGAGCAGAGGUUGGAGGGCCGCUGGCAGGAGCGGCUGCAGGCCACUGAGAAGUUCCAGCUGGCCGUGGGGGCCCUGGAGCAGGAGAAACAGGGCCUCCAGAGUCAGAUUGCCCAGAUCCUGGAAGGUCGGCAGCAGCUGGCACAUCUCAAGAUGUCUCUCAGCCUGGAGGUGGCCACGUACAGGACCCUCCUAGAGGCUGAGAACUCCCGGCUGCAGACACCCAGUGGUGGUUCCAAGGCUUCCUUCAGCUUCCAGGACCCCAAGCUGGAGCUGCAUUUCCCUGGGAGCCCAGAGGGCCGGCGUCUGGGUCCUUUGCUCUCCGUCCUGAGCCCUACUCCCCUGUCCUCACCCUUACCUGAUACCCUUGAGAUACCUGUGCCAACCUUUCUGAAGAGCCGGGAAACCCUCCAGGCCCGUACCCAUACCUUGGCCAGCACUCCCAUCCCACCCACACGUCAGGCUCCCUUCCCUGCUACAGAUGGAGAGAUCAGAGCCCAGGAUGGCCCUCCCUCUGUGUUCCACCCACAGGCUGGAAGUCAACAGGCUGCACAGGCCGUGCCCACCAGCAUCCUGCCGGGACCAGAGGAGCCUGGGGGCAAGCAGCGAGAGGCCAGUACAGGCCAGUCCCCUGAGGAUCAUGCUUCCUUGGCCCAAACCCUCGGUCCCGACCACCCCAGUUUAGAGGCCAAAGAUGGAGAACCCAGUGAGUCUAGAGUAUGCAGCAGAUUCCAGGAGGAAGGUGAAGGGCAAAUCUGGGAGCUGGCAGAGAAAGAAACAGCCAUAGAGGUCAAAGUGGUAAGCAGCUUGCAACAGGAAACAGCUCAAGAGGGGGAUCUGAACAUGCAGGAAAUCCAGGAUGCCCAGGGUAUUUUGAAAAAAGAAACUCUGAAGUCUCUGGAAGAGGAGAUUCAAGAACCACUGAUGUCUCUGGAAAAACAGAGCCAUGAGACACUGAGAUCUCUAGAGAAGGAGAAUCAAGAGUCUCUGAGGUUUUCAGAAGAAGAGAACUUAGAAACACUACGGAGUCUAGGAAAGGAGAAUCAAGAGCAAUUGAAGUCUUCAGAAGAAAAGGAUAUGGAGAUAGUGAGCACUCUAGAAAAAGAGGCUCUAGAACUACUUAAGUCGGACACACAGACAUUGCAAUCUCUGGAAAAGGAGAACCAAGAAUUUAAGAGGUCUCUUGAAGACAAUCUAGAGACAUUAUUAUAUCCAGGAAAGGAGAACGAAGAAUUAGUGAGGUGUCUAGAAGAGGAUAACUUUGAGUCAUUGACAGCUCUAGAAAAACAGAAUCAAGAGCCAUUGCGGUCUCUAGAAGAAGAGGACCAAGAGACAAUGAGACCUCUAGAAAAAGAGAACCAAGAACCACUGAGGUCUCUAGAAGAUGAGAACCAGGAGAUAAUGGGACCUGCUGAAAAAGAGAUUCAACAGCCACCGAGGUCUCUAGGAGAAGACCAGACAACAUUAAGACCUCUGGAUAAGGUGAAACCAGAGCCAGUGAAGUCUCCUGGAAAAGACCAGGAGAUAUUUAGACCUCUUGAAAAAGAGAAUCAAGAGCUAUUAAAAGAAGAGAGUGUAGAUGAAGUAAGAUGUUUAGAAACAGAGAAUCUAGAACCACUAAAGUCUGCAGGAGAAGAUCUGGAAAUAUUGAAAUCUAUAGAUGCUCAAGAGCCACUGUGGUCUCUAGAAGAAGUGAAUCGGGAGACAGCCAAACCUCUAGAAAAGGAAAUGCUAGAACGACUGGAAUCUGUGGAAGAGAGCCAAGAGUCCCUGAGGGCCCUAGAAGAGGAGAAUCAAGAAUCACUGAGAUCUCUGGGAGAGGAAGGACAGGAGCUGCCGCUGUCUGCAAACCAGCAGAGGUGGGAAGGUGUGGUGGCGGGGGAUCAAGAACUGGGCCAGGAAAUGCCCCCUGGGAGGGCUGGAGUGGACACGGAGGAUGGCGUAGAGCUGGACAUGAGGGAGCAGGGUGGCUUUGCUGCAGAGGAGGACGGUGUGGAUGAGGGAGCGCUGCAGCUGACUGCCGCAGGGGGGGCGUGGAGUGCAGGUGAGGAGCACCCAGGGAGCCCUGAGCCCAAGGAGCAGAGGGUCCCAGCUGAGGGAGCCAGCGGGGAGGGAGACGUUGAGGGCCUCCAGGACCCUGAAGGGCAGCCAGAGCAGGUGGGGGACCCAAGUCUCAGAGCUCCCUGGGGAAUGUCAGAGGUGACAGAGCCUGUGUUGGAAGGUGAGGAUGAGGCCCCAGGGGGUGGCCGAGCCUCCCCAGAAGUCACCUUGGGGUUGGAGACAGCCGUGGGUGAGUCUGCUGCAGGAGCUGAGCAGGGACCCGAGCAGGAGGCGGUGGGGCUGGAGGACCCAGGCCACCUGGGCAGAGAGCAGGUGACAGAACCACUUGUGGGGGAGGAAGGUUUGGAGGCACAGGGGGUGCAGGGCUUGGAAGGGCCCAGAAAGGACCUAGAGGAGGCAGCUGCUCUGGAACCAGAACUUUCCAUGCUGUCCAUGCAGAGCGGAGCCCCCUUGGAGUCCCCCGGGGCUGGGCAGGGGUUGGAGCCUGAAGUCCUCUGGGGAGCAGAGACGGUGUUCCCUGCUGAGACCUUGUGCCACGAUGGAGGUGAUGCCCCUUUACCCAGGCCCCCGGGGUCAGAGGGAACUGAGGGGGGUGCAGAACCAGUGCUGGGGCCCCCCACCCCCAUCCCCAAAGAUGCCCCUGGGUCCCAGCCCUCCACUGAGGGGAGCCAGGAGGCUAGCUGGGGACUGGAGGGCAGGGCCGAAGCCCUGGGAAAGGUGGAGGACGAGCAGGAGGAGCUGGGUUCUGGGGAGUUCCCUGAGGGCCUCCAGGACGAGGACGAGGGCGAGGACGGGGACAGCAGAGAGGAGAGUGAAGCUGAUGGGCUGGGGGAGACCCUUCCUGAUUCCACUCCCCUGGGCCUCUACCUCCAGUCCCCUGCCUCACCCCAGUGGGACCCGCCUGGAGAGCAGAGGCCCUCCCCUCAAGGGGAAACCAGGAAGGAAGGCUGGGGUCCUGCUGUCCUGGCCUCUGAGGGCCAAGGGGCCCACCUGGAGGAGGGGGAGGGGAGGGGAGGUGACGAUGAGGACCGGGGCCAGGACUCUGACCUGUUGGAGGACUUUGAGGACCUGGGCACUGAGCCUUCUCUCCUUCCUGGGGCCCCCGGGGAGGUGAUGGGACCUCUGGGCCAGGUGUCCCAGCUGCUACUGCAGCCUGCAGCCUGGGGUCAGGAUGGGGAGUCUGAUGGGUUUGCUGAUGAGGAAGCAAGUGGGGAGGAGGGAGAGGAAGAGGAGGGAGAGGAGGAGGGGCGGGAGCCUGGGGCUGGGCAGUGGGGGCCCAGUUGCUCUGCCCGCGGCCUCCAGGCCCUGAGCAGCCCUCAGAGAGGGAAGCUGCUGGGCUCUGAGACGGUGGAUGUCAGCAUCCCCUGGGACGACAGCUUGAGGGGCGCAGCAGCUUGUGCCCCUGUGACUGCCCUGGGGGCUGAGUCCCAGGACAGCACUGAACCCUCGGGCUCAGAGGAGGAGUCCGAGGCUGCUCCCUUGGAGAGGGAGGACCCAGUGCCUGGCCCUCUGGGGACCCUCAGUGGGACCAUGGACACCCCUGGUGUCAAUGGCCAGGGCCCCAGUUUGAAGGAUGAGUUGGAGCAUGUGAAUGGGGGUGUGGGGAGCUGGCUGGAGCAGCCUGACGCAGCAGGGCAGGGGACACAGGGGGCCCCUGCGGCGGACCGAGGGAGCCCUUUGGAGGAGGAGGAGGGGGGUGCCCUGAAGACCCCCUGGGCAGGGGCUCCUCUUCACCUGGGCCCUGGCCAGUUCCUGCAGUUCACCCAGAGGGAAGGAGACACAGAUUCCUGGUCCUCGGGGGAGGACUAGGGACAGUGCAGACGGACGGACGUGGGUGGGGACAUGUCCUCAGGCCCCCGCACCCCUGCUCGGGGCUAGCACCUUAAAAAAUGAUUUCAGUCGUGGUCUCUGUCUGAAAGGCCUGGGUGUUCAGGGUGAGAGGGUGUGACAAAGGGACCCAUCCCGAGAAUGGAGCCUCCAGGAAUAAAAGCAGCCCCUCAGCCCAUGCAGACGGGGACACCCUGCCUGCAGUGUCCCAUGAUGUUGAAGCCAGCUGAUCCCUAUAGCAUUAGGCCCCCUUUCCUUGCACCCCUUUUCCUCCCCAUCCUUUCAGCAGGAAAAGGCCUGGGCCGGUGGCUCUUCCAAGGCAAGGGGGCUGUGAUGGUGUCUGGCGGGGGCUCACCAGCCCUGCCCCUCCUCACUGCACCCUCCUGGGGGUGCUCCUAUGGCCUGACUCCCCAUAGUCCUGCCCUGAUGGCCCUGUUUGGCUCGGCCCUGCCUGAAUAAAGUAAUGCCUC